UUGAUCCAUUAUAUGCCUAUGUCCCUAAUUGCGUGCCUUUGUCCCUCCGUGACCAAGAACACAAAUGAGUAACUGAAAUCAGAUCUGUAUGUCUGACGGGAGUGCAACUCUCCAGUCCUAACAACGAGCAGGCAUCUUUUUGUCUCCUUUAUACUUCGUGUUUUAUGGUUUAGUCCCGUCAUAGGAUACUGUCCCCAGCAUUUCCCGCAGCUACCAGCAAAAUCUCUCUCGCACAGGUGCGCACUUCAUUUUUAAGUUUCUCUAGUUGUCUUCUCGCUCAUGGUUAAUGAUUGCUUAUGGAUAUCUCUCAAGCUAGUUGACCUCAAGCUUUAGAUCUAAUGUCUUGAACAUCUGAAAGAUUCAAAAGUCUUCAUUACAACACUGCAGGUCUUCUCCAGAAUGGAAGAAAUUUAUCUGAACCAUGACCCUCUAGAGAGUAUACUGGAUGGAAGGACCAACCCAACAAAUUUACCAUUACCAUAUUUACGAUACAUAACCCAAAAUUUCUCCGAGGAGCGAAAAAUCGGAAGUGGUGGGUUCGCAGAUGUUUACAAGGGGGUGCUCAGCAACAACAGGAUUGUUGCUGUGAAGAAGCUUUCCAAUGAACAGACAAUCACAGAGGAGACAUUUUAUCGCGAGGUUGAUAAUCUAAUGGAAGUUAAGCACAAGAAUAUGGUACAGUUUCUAGGCUUCUGUGCUAAUACAGAGGACAUACCUGUGAAAGACCCAGAAUUAGAAGAAAAAUAUGUUUAUGCGGAGCAGAGGGAAAGAUUGCUAUGCUUUGAAUAUAUAAGCAAUGGAAGUCUUGACAGAUAUCUUAGUGGUGAAUUAAGAGGACUUGAAUGGAAUGCUCGUUAUCAAAUAAUUAGGAAUAUUUGUGAAGGAUUACGGUAUCUCCAUGAGGACAAACAUAUGAUUCAUAGGGAUCUCAAGCCUCAAAAUGUAUUGUUAGAUGAUUUUAUGGUGCCUAAAAUUGCGGAUUUUGGUAUAUCAAAACUCCUUGACGAUGGAGCAUCAAAAGCCAUCACUAAAAGUCCAUGGUCUUCACUAGGAUAUUGUGCUCCGGAAUUCACAGCGCGUGGCGAGGUUUCAUUCAAAUUUGACAUUUAUAGCUUGGGUGUUAUUAUCACCGAGCUUGUGACUGGACGUAGAAGCCGAAACCCCAGUAUUCAAAACGUACUUCGAAGAUGGAGGUACAGGUGGAAUAACGCGGAGGGAACAGCAUUGAUGUGCCGACAAAUAGCAAAGUGCAUUGAUAUAGGGCGACAGUGUAGAAAAGAAGAUCCCAAAGAACGGCCUUCCAUAUCAAAGAUAAUGAGCGAUCUCGAUGAAGUGGACAGUGCAAAUGGUCGGAGCAGCAACCCCGAUGAUGAAGAAUCAGGGGAUUUAAAGAUAAUCCCUGGAUUCAAUUGUCUGCUUUUGGUCGAGCCUCUCGAAUUGUUUUUUCCUUUCGAGAUUAACAAGGACAUAUCGUGUCCACUAUAUCUGACGAAUCAAACAAAUUGCUACAUUGCCUUCAACAUCCACCCAGCGAGCCAAUUGCAAUACUGCAUAAAGCCAAACUUGGGCAUUGUUCCACCACUCUAUAGUUGUAGGGUCAACAUAACAUUGCAAGCACAAGACAAGGCGCCGCCGAAAGAUAUGCUGCAUGAUGAGUUCAUUGUAAUGUGCACCCAAGUGAAAGAGGGUCUUACAUCUGAGGAUAUAACUGACGACAUUUUCAGUAAAGAGAGGGGCAAUUUGGUUGAGGAGGUCAAUUUGGAUGCUAUUUUUAACGUACAAGUAAAAACCGCAUGCAUCUUCCAACAACGCAAUCAGGAUUUACCAGCAGGGGCGAUAGGAGUGUCAGGCAUAGGUAAUAAGAAUGAGCUUGAGGCAUCUGGAGGACCACAAUCAAGUACAAACACCAGUUCAGUACGAACAGAUCUUCAGAUGAACUCGUCGACAUCAAAUGCACUAAUCCAGGCCGAUCCCCUUGAGUUCAUCCUUCCCGUGAACGCAAAGGAAGUGGAAUUCUCACUAAGGAUAAUAAACAUCACAGAGGACUACGUCGCUUUCCAUGUGGGGUAUUUGUUGCCCAAACAAUACACAGGAACCCCGAAGAAAGGAAUUCUUUCACCACGGUCCAAUGUGGUAAUUGACAUCACAAGGUCGGCGGAUGGACCACAUGCAGGGAGUGACUCGGUUUUUGUCAGAAGCACCAUCGUGAGCAAGAAUUUCAAAAUAAGUGACACCACGUAUGAUUGGUUCCUUAACCUUCCGGCCGGCAGCAUUGCGCAUGCGGUGGUGCUGCGGGUUAUUCUUGUAGCCCCAUCAAGAGAACUGCGGUCAUGGGAGAUUACACCUUAUUCCAUUCCUUCUCUGUCACCGAUUGACAAACAUGGUGGUCAAAAGUCCAAUUUUGAGAAGUCUCUGGUGAGUUUGCUUUGA